AUGCCAGACUACAAAAUUCCACUUACCGCGGGAAAGAUGACCCAGCUCCCAGUGCCAGCAGCUCUAGUUCUGGGUCUCUUUUUUGUGGCACUUUAUAGGCUUUUCCGUCGAACAUACCGCCUACACUGGCAUCCCCUCAAGUCCUUCAAGGGUCUCCAAGAGGCGUGUGUCUCGGAAGAUUGGUUAUACCAGAUAACGAAGGACGGAAAAGCCGAGGAACAGUUAGAGGCGCUUCACGAGAAAUAUAACACCAAGGCACUUCGCAUCGGACCGAACGAGCUGCACAUUACCGAUAUUGAACUGUAUAAAGUGAUCUACAGCCAGUCGAAGCCUUUUCUAAAGCACGCCCCGUUCUACGACGGGUUUAAUACUCCCCAUACAGUGUUUGCCGAACUCGAUCCCGUCUUACACAAGGAGCGUCGUCGCAUGCUGAACCCUUCAUUCUCAAAAGCUAGUGUUUACAAGCUGGAGCCUCUUAUCCGUGAGAAGAUACUGUUGCUCUCUGCAAAAAUCAACAGACUUUGCGAUAAGAAGGAAAUUGAUAUUUAUAACGCGAUGCGACUUCUCACCACGGAAAUCAUCACCGAGUUUGCCUUUGCCAAAUCGGCCAAUCUCAUCGAGGAGAAACCGGAUGAUCUGGAUUCUUGGUUUCUGGACGCUUUUGACGUUGCAUCUCAGAGCGUAGUUGAUACUCAAUAUAGUGCAUUUCUCCGGCUGCUCGUCAGAAUACUUCCUCCUGGUGUUGUGCGGCUGUUGAACCGUAAGCUGAGCACCAUGCUCGACCUGCAAAAGUAUGCGGGAACGUCCAUGCGCCAUUGGCAGCAGUCGUCAGAAAUGUCUUCCCAUCCGGUUAUAUUCGACAGUCUACAGUCAAUCCCAGAUGAUGCAAAGGUUUCAGAGGCUAUGGAUAUCCUCAUUGCCGGGGCGGAUACGACAGCAUCGACACUCACCACUGGGUUCUAUCAUAUUCUUUCAAAUGAAAAGCUCAAAGAGCGGCUUAUUCGGGCAAUUGACGAGGCGAUCCCAGAGCCUGGGUCGUCGAUCCCACUGCAGUCCUUGGAAAAGGUGGAAUACUUGAUGGCAUGCGUCAAGGAAUCCAUUCGUGUUGGAAUGGCUGUUCCUGGCCGUCUACCCCGGGUUGUCCCCGCCGGGGACGCAUUCGUCGUAGAAGGCAAAGUCGUGCCUCCAGGUACAAUUGUUGGCAUGUCAACAUACACCAUGCACAAUUCUGUGGACGCUUGGGGACCUGAUGCCCGAGAGUUUAACCCCGAUCGGUGGAUUGGACCUGCGUCCAAGGGACUAGAUCAGUGGAUGUGUACCUUCUCCAAGGGGGCACGUAUGUGCUUGGGCCAAAAUAUUGCGCCGGCGGAGAUUGCUCUUACAUUCGCCUACAUGUUCCGCAAUUACGACCUCAGCCUUCCCAAGGGGCAAUCAGUGCCAAAGGCCCUUGACCGCUUCACCCUGUCGUAUGAAAGGCCUGGACUUCCUGUUGUAUUCAGUCCGCGUGAGUGA